AUGGUCGCCCUUGUCAACUGGAAUAACGAAAUCCGAUAUGAGGUACCUGAUAACCAGUUUAAGACGCCGACUCAAGUUUCGGACAUCCAGGCGGCUGUCAGACAAGCCUAUGAGCAGGCCCAACGAGUGACCGUCGUCGGAGCCAUGCAUUCUACCACUGAGUGCACAAUGGGCACUGGCACCGUCAUCUCGAUGAAGAAUUUCAAUCGCGUCCUUGAUGUUGAUAAGGAGCGGUUGACUGUCACCGUGGAAGGAGGUGUGACCCUGCACCAGCUCUGCGGCCACUUGAAAGAACUCGGCUUCCAGCCUCCUGUCAUCCUGGAAUAUGGCAAUUUCCAGAUUGGCGCCAUCAGCGGCACGCAUGCCAAUGACACCUCUGUAACACGAUCUGCGCAGUUCUCGUCGUUUGUUCUCGGCGUGAAGCUGGUCACUCCAAGUGGUGAGCUCAUGGAAAUAUCAGAAUCACAGAAUGCGGAAUACCUACCUGCCAUUCGCUCCCAUUUCGGCAUGCUCGGCGUCGUCUACGAGGUCACCUUGCGUAUCUUCAAGACGCAACCGUUGCACAUCAGUUUUCAGGUCGGGCAAAUCGACGCAUUCACGGAGAACUUUGCAGCCGAACUGCAGGCUCUCAAAGCGGACAACGACCAGGUGUUCGGGAUGCUAUUUCCGAACACCGGCGAGCUGCUAUGGCAGUGCCGCAAGUUCUUGGAUCCAGCGGUACCGAGGCUGAGUUCCCCAACCGCCUGGCUGGACUCGAUUGAAAGCAAGAAUAUCAGUCUGUUCGGCAGUCUGAUUCUGCCCCUGGCAAAGGCCUUGACGGCGCUACGCCCGUCGGCAGAAGUGGCCGGGCUCAUUCUCCAAGCGACGGUCGGCUUGCCACUAAAGAUGAUCCGCCACAGUCGCUAUAUCAUCGAUCCGUGCGAUCGUGCUGUCAUCUACGCCGCAGAUGAUCCAGACUUUGACUUCUAUGACUGGGUGUUUCCCGAGGGGAAAUGGUGUGACAUGGCUCGGGCAUUUUUGCAGCUGAGCCGCCAGUUUCGGCGACAGCGGGACUUUACCUUGCCGUUGCCUGCACUAAUUUACUUUAUCAAGCAGGACCAGGAGUCCUUGCUGUCACGAUCACGGAGCGCCAACAUGAUGGCAAUUGAUCCACUGUACCCUGACCCGAAGGAGCCCAGGUGGAAGGAGUUUCGCCUCGCCUUUAACGAGGUUGCUGUGCGCCACGGCGGCAUCCCUCAUAUCAACAAAACGCGUGACGGGGCCAUCGGCCAUUUUGCGCAGACCGAGGAUCAGGACAGCAUCCGGCAGUUUCUCGCGAUACGCCAGCAGCUUGACCCAAAGGGCCUGUUCCUCAAUGACUACUUUAAGACCAUGUUCGCCAAGUACAUUCAAGGUGCUUGA